AUUCACGUUCAUGUCUUUAGUUGUAAAUAUGCCAGCAGCAGUGGCGUAUGUAUCCCUUCAUCAUAUAAUAUUGGAAAUCUUUCCGUUUUAAAACAAGAAGGUGAGCCAAUGGAUAUCACACAAUUGUUAUGCUGGUGAAAAAGUCUCAACCUAGAAUCACAGAAAGUUCAUCUCUUUUCCAUAACUGGACUGCAGAAAUGUACAACAACAGCUACUCCCGGGCCACAUUGGGGCUGGAGGCGAAACAUAUUCACAAGGCGAAGGGGAAAAGCUGCGGCUACUACAUGAGGAUUGUGUUCUUCUUUUCGUCUCUGAUCCAGUCCCUCAUCAUCGCCAGUUUGGUGCUCUUCCUUGUGUACGGCCAGCCAGAGAAGACUGCCGAGGAGAAGAGAAUAGAAGAGCUGGAGCAGGCCUAUAACAAGCUCUCCACAGACAACACCAAACUCCGAAAAGAGAAAGCUGACCUCACCGGUGCCCUCAAAGCAAAGACUGGAGAGAAGGAUGCGGCAGACAAAGAGAUAGCAAAGCUGAAAAAUGACUUAAACACAACAAGUUUCAAUUUCAGAAACUCGCAGAAGUCACUUUCUCUUUGUGAGCUCAGUAAAAAGCUUCCAAGCACUCGGAAUACUCCACUGCCAUGUCCACCAAGCAAUCAACACUCGUCAGGUGAAAUAAAAUCUCUGACAACUCUUCUGGAUCAGCAGAAAGUUCUGUAUGGUAUCCUUAAGAGUAACUUCAGCCAGACAGUGGAGUACCUUAAAGCUGACUUGGACAACGCAGUGAAGGACAAAAACGAGCAUCAUACCCAGGUGAUACAACUGAGACAAGAAAACAUGAAUUUAAAAUCCCAGCUUGAUGUUUACACCAAGAAAUGCAAAGAAGACUUUGCCAACUCCCUCCAAGGCAUCCAGACGGUCACAAGUGCCUUCCUAACCAAAAUCGACAACUUCUUCACCAACACGGUCACGUUUCACCUCACCUGCCCGAAACAGGAAGAACAGUUGAAUAGGAUUCGCUCCAACUGCUCCAGCCUUUCUCGGCAGGUGGAGGACAAGUUCCAGAGCUACCUGGACAGUGUGGGAGAGAAAGUCUCGAACAUUCAAAAACAGAGCAGCUGGUUGGAAGUACAGAAUACGGGGCUGACUGCAGAACUGGACAAGUGCAAAACAGGUCGAGAGAAAGAGGCUGCAGAGAGCAUCAAAAAACUGCAGGACGCCCAACAGACGUACGACAGACAACUGGAGCAGCUUCUCAGAGAACAAAGCAGACUGAGGGAUGCCAAAGAUCUGCUAGACGCCCAGCUUGCUGUGAAGGACGCCACCCUCAUAUCUCUGCAAAAUGGCUGCGUACAACAGCCCAAAACUGCUGGACUUCAACCCCCGGGCAAGCCUGGCCUGUAUCCCAAUGUACCUGGUAGAAGCCAUUAACCACUAGAGGUUGGGUGUGGAGAAGGGAAUGAUCUGAAUCUCAAGGUCGGACUCUGAGUUUUUGAGUGUCUUGUAUGUGGGAGUUUCCUCAUUUUGAGCCUGUGAUCUCUUUUGUAAAUAAUGUUGUCACUGUGGAUCACUGUAAAUGUACAUGAACUCUAAUGUUUAGCUCAAUGUAUAGUUGUAUUUAAGCGUUAUGGGCUAUGAACAUUACAUGAAGUACUUUAGGGGUUUGAUUUAGUUGUUUAGAGUAAUGCAGACAUAAAAAUGUGAGUAAAUACAAGACUGCCUUUCCUACAAGCACACACUUGAUAUUAAGAAAAAUAUCAUCAGUUAAUGUUAAAAUUGAGAGAAUCUGAUUCUGUGAAACCUCCGCAUGUGCUGUGAUGUAUAUAAUAUUCUUUAUACAUUAAGAAUUGUGUUUCAGCAAUUACUUCUUUCAACCAUUUGCAGGUUUCAAUGACCUUUUUCUGAUUUUUUUUUCUAAAUAAUGUUCUUGUUAAUAUAUAUCUGUUUUAAUAAAUAGAUAUUACAUAAAAAUCAA